AAAAUAAACAACUUGAUGAAAUAAGAAUAGAUAGCCAAAUUGAAGAUGGCAAAGAUAAUGAAGAUAGUAAAGAUAGUAAAGAUAACAAAGGUAGUAAAGAUGAUGAAGACAACAAAGAUGGUAAAGAUAAUGAAGAUGAUGAAGAUGUUAGAGAUAACAAUGAAACAAGAAUAGAUAAUUAG